GCGCGGCUGCGGGCUUCUCUCGGGUCCUUUUUCCAGCCCGCCUGCGCGCAGCUGGAGAGUUUCCGGCUUUUUGACUGCGUAAAACCCUGCGCCGGGACUGGUGAUCCGAGAUAGCCACUUCCGUACACGCUUGGAAAUGCAGAUGUACAUGUGUGGCAAGAGUUCGGAGAAAACUUCACGCGAUUUACACCUGGAGAUGUCUUUCGAGUUGCGAAAGGAAAUCCCAGGCUUUCGUCGAAGUUCCAGUAGACAGUGCCCCUCCACACGCUUUCGCUACGACAGGCUCUCUGUAUCAAGAGAUAGAAAACUUUAUGGGGUCUGGCUGUGCGUCUACCCCAAAAAAAUUCGCGAACCUGCAACUUUCCCGUGACACGUAGGUUUGCAGAUGAAGUUCCUUUCGUUUCCAAAGGAAAAGACGUGAAGUCGAAGAUUGCGGCCCGCCUUCCUCGGCAGAUCUUUCUGCGUCAGUCGUUUGCGGCUUCCACGCGCACCUUUUGUCUCCUCCGCGGGGUUCGCUUUUUGGGAGAAACUCGACAGAGAUUCUCAGCCAAAGGUUUCGUCGCUUCCCGGAUUUCUAGCGGCCUUUCGAGCCUGAUUCCGGCCAGACUGUGCCGAAACUUUCCUCGCUUCCUCUUCCCCCGCCGCCAUCAGCGUCGCGGGGCGACGCGAGUGACGUCUAUUUCCCUUUUCAUGCGGCAAAAGAAAAGCCGUUUUAUGGUCGCUCUUCGUCUUCCUGCGGAAUAGGGGAGGCAACCCGACCCCAAAUUGCGUCCGUCUUCACGUACCCUCUGUGCGUUUUUCCACUUGUUUCUUCAGUCUCUUCGAGGUCCGCACAACAAACCCUACGCGUUUUUACUCGUGUUUUUUUCUGUCGACUCUCUCUGCGCUUGCUUCGCAGCCGUUGCUCCCCUCGGUUUCUCGCCUGUGCUCUAGUUUUUCACCGCUCCUUCUCAGACGGUAUUUUCUGCAGUUGCUGCAGGACUGUCAACACAGCAUGGUCUUCCUUCCCUGGCUAUCCCGUCAGAUCCGUCUGCACUGUUCCGCGUCCCCCCUUCCCUUUGUGAGGCUCCCUCUUCUGUUUUUGCCUUUCUCUGGGUUUUCAAGGAUUCUGCCCCCGUCUCUCGUCGUCGGUUUCUCCGCGGUUCCGCAGAUCUGGGAACUGCUGGUCUGUUCACGCUUUCUCGGCCUCGCUUGUUGGUCGACAGGAUGCGGACCUAGAUCGCAUCAAGGGCGACGCGACUGUAGGGUGGAGGUUUUUUCGUUGAGUCCGUCCAGGUGUGCAUCAAACCUUAUUUCUUCUCUUCUCUGCCGUCUAGUUUUUGUCUCCACAGUGUCUCUUCUGCUGUACCUGCGGCACUCGAUCGCGUCAGAAAGUUCCUUUCGCCUGCGCGGCUACCGUUUUCUCAGCGACAGCUGCUCGGUCACUCCGGGGCCAAGCCUUCGCCUCUUCCGCUCCCUUUCACCGCGGCGCUUCCGCAGCGAAGAACGGCGACUUGGACGGUUUGUGUGUGCCAGUCUCGCGCUCUGACACCCGGCGGCAACAUGCGCCUCUGUGGAGCUGCUGCGCCGUAGUUUCGACUUCUUUCAGGGGAGACCGAGCCGAAUUUGUCGUCCCCGUGCAUGCAGGAACUCUCCAGCUAGGGGGAUCAUGUCCGGCUCUCGGUGCCUUUGGGUUCGCCUUCUCUUGCGCUAGCUCUGGACGCAGACGCAGGCGGAAAGGACACCCGAGAGCCGUUUCUGUCUCUCUCUCCAAGCCGAGAGGGGACAGGGGGUCCCCGCGGCUUCGGCUGCGGCCCCGAUGCAUUGCAAGCAGUCCUCGGGUCGCCUUCUUCGCGCCUCUGCGAAGCGCCCAAGACGCAUUGUCCUUUCCUUCAGUCCGCAGGGGCUCUUCCCGCUUUUUCUUUGUUUCUGGCCAGUCCUCGUGUUUAUUGCCUCGGCUUCUGCGAACCCUGCGUCAACUGCUGUCCUCAGUUCCGAUUUCUCGUCUUCCAGAUCGCCUUGUUCCAGUUUUUUCGUCUUCUAUAUGUCCAGGUGCGCGCAGAGAUGCUCGCGCACACCUACGUGAAAACCUCGUCCGAUCUGUGCGUGUUGAGAAUAUUUUUUUCGAGCGACUCUCCGUGGAUUUUUGUACUUCCAACCGCUCCCGACUGGGGGCAGGGGGGCUGCGGCAGAACAACGCGUCCGCUGGAUUUCAACAGACCCCCUUCUCCGGGGAGGUUUCCCUUGCUUCCACGAGAAUCUCGCGGGAGUUGUGUGUCUGGAUUUUUUUCGUUGCUUCAAGCGCAGGCGGCGCUCUUUCAGAAGUCCUGGAGAACGCGCGGCUGCUCGUCUCCGCUUUUUUGCUACGAGCUGUAGCGACAACGGACGCAAGGGACUCCGUUCAACGUGUUUCGUCGUCUUUUUGUGUCCUGUCUCAAGACAAGGCCCUUUCCGUGGCUGCCAACUGCACGCCGCUCGACCGUAUUUGUCCUGUUCCGACUUCUGAAGCCUUCCAAGGCGGAGAUCGGCGAGGCGACGCGAGAAAGGGCUCGAGCUGCUACAGGUCCGUCGAGCGUCUCGUCCUGCCGACGCGUUUCCCUGCGGUCGCCGCAGUGCGCGGGAGUUUCGUAUCCUCGGUCUCUCCACGGGUCGGUCAAGAUGCGGAUGCAGUGGUUUCUUCUCCGACAUGCGUACUUCAUCAAGGGGGAGGAUUUCGCGGUCGCCGUCGCGCUGCUGGACUUGGCGCUGUACGUGUUGAUCGGGACGAACUCGCUGCAGUUUCUCGACCAGUCUCCCGAGAAGGCGUUGUUCGGGAUGAUCACGUCCGCGCUCAUCUUCAUCAUCGCGCUGUGCGAUUUCGUCAUCGUGCGCAUGUUCCGGACGAGCAAGUACAAGAUCGAGACGUACAUCAUGCCGGUGUUGAUCAUCUGCAACAUCGCGAGCGUGUUCUACAUGCAGCUGAUCAACAAACUCGUGGGGUUCAUGACGUUGCAGCUGCCGGUCCUCACCUUUCUGAUCACGGGGUAUCCUUACGUCUGGCUCGUCGCCUUCGUUCUGAUCGGCAUGGGUGGUGGCUUGAUUGCACAGUCUGUCGUCUGCUCGGUCUCGCUCGGGUCCAGCUGCCCCCCCAGCGUCUGGGUCGAUGUGGGGUUGUACGCGCUGCAGUUGAUCAGCGGCUCUGUGGCGUACUUCACCGUGUACGAACUCGGCAUUUUGAUUGUGCGCUACAAGCGACACCCGGCGAGGUACUUAGACGCCUUCUCGGACCUCACAGCCCUCGACACGAUCGUCUUCUCGCCGGUCUUUGGGCUCGGCGGCGAGACCGCGCGCCAGGUCCAGGUCAACCAGCUGAUGGCACCGGAGAAGCCGAAUUUGGAUGGCUUGACCUUUCUCCGGUCCGCCUCUCAGGUCUCUCAGACGACAAACCGCAUCGUCUCCCGAGCCUUCUACCACGCCAACACCCCGCCCCACAGUUCGUCGCGGGACGCGCUACCUGCGGACAAGGCCCUCGGCGCCGAGCGGAGCGACCGCGCCGGGUCCGCAGUCUUCUCGCCCAACACUUUGGGCCCCCUCGGCGCGCCCUCUGCGGGCCUCCGGGACUUCGGACCAGGACGCCCCGUCCCCGGGGCCUCCGUCGUAGUCCCCAAAUCCCUCAAGCAGCAUGCCGCGGCGUUGCACGCAGGCGCGAACUCGCCCCAUGGGUCACCGCCCCUCCAGCCCCACGGGGCGCUUCCGGGAGCCCCGCGCUCCAACACCCUCCGCGGCUGCUCUGGCCAGGUAUCGCUCGUCCCCCGGGAAGAAGAGAGCGACCCGGCAUGCGGCAGUCUGCGGGCGUCUGUGGAGAGCAAGGCGACGCAUCGUUCCGCCGCGACUCUCUCGGCCUGCGAGUCCAAGUCCAGGAGCGGACGCGUCGCGGGUCUCUUUCGGGGUCUCAGCAAGAGGCCCGGCGGGCCAGACUGCGAAGAGGCCGCGCCCGCAGAGCCUGCGACGAGUUUGGGCUCCAAGGAGCUCGGGAGGAAGAAGACUGCGGGGUCGAAGGCCCAGUCCUCGGUCCCCAUUCUCUUGCCCCGACCCCAGAGCAUCGAGGAGACGACCUGGCGGGGCCUCGCCAGUGGGGACCUUUCCAAGGACACCCCGGUGGCGAGUCUCGCCUCCCGACGGAACUUGCGAAUGGACGAACAAAGUGGAGACGCGGACAAGGCGUCGAGCGACGUCUCUCGUGACCCUGCGAAGAAGGGCGCAGGACCUUUUGUAGCCGAAGCUCCUGUUCACACUGCCGUCCUGCCGAGCUCGUCCUUUCACUCGGAGUUCCCCCUGUCUCGGCGAGACUCAGGAAAAGAGCUUCUUUCAGAUCUCCGUGAGUCUCGUGAAAGAACAGCGCGUGCAGCGAGCCACGACACUCAUGCUGCUGCGGACGACUCGGGGCUUCAAGGAGACCCUGCGUUGGCGGCGGAGGCCCGAGUCCGAACCGCCCUCCACUACCAUCGCCGGUGGUUUUUCUCUCAGCUCUUCCACUUUCGGCGAGCGCGAAGAAGACAUCGACGGGGAGCGGGGGCGAGGGACGGUGAACUUGUGUUUGAGAGAGGCGAGCCCGACGAGGUCGAGUCGGAGGAGAGCUGCGACGACUCCAGAAGUCGCCCCAGGGAGACAGCGUCUUUGAGUCACUUUUCGCGCUUGUCGAGGUCCAGGAGGCACAAGACGCGGACUUACCGAAGGGGGCGAAGCAGCGACGGAACGACCGCGGGCACCAGCGAUUCCGACAGCCACGGGGAGAGUUUGGAGGAUGAAGGAAGUGACUCUGGCCAGGAAUCGGAGAGCGAGGAAUCGAGAAGACGCCGCAUGCGAUCUAGCAGGAACAGACGACGCGAGACGUCUUCCGAAGACUCGAGUUCGGGCACUUCGGUGCGCUCUGAGGGACGGCACUGCCGAGAAGGGAGAGCCAACUCCUCCGUUUUCUCCUCAGGGAUUCGACGGUAUUUUUCCUUCUUCUCAGCUGCGAGUCGCUGCGCGCAUGCAGCCUCGAGCGAAGAGGAGAGACCUGUGCGCCCAGCUAGACAUAGCCGGCGGCGCGGCUCCGGAGACAGUCGGGAGUGUAGCGCUUCCACUUCAGGUGUCUCUGAGGCCUGUGAACACAGCUCAGACGCGUCCUGGGCGUCGUCUUCGUCGCUGUGUGGCUCAUGCGAGAAGCGGAGCAUCAGGAUGUCGCGGAGACGCCGCAGAGAAGGCAAAUCGCGUCCCCACGCCUCCUCUGUCUCCCGAGCAGAGAGACACAGGGGCCAUGUCUCCGUCGAUCUCGCCCCGUUGCUUCCGUCUCGUCUCUUUUUCGACACAUUCCUCAACUCUGUGAGACGGGCAGAGCGGCUUUCGAAGGAGGGCCGGCUGCCUGCGAGCGUCUCUCGUCAGUCUUCAGAGACCCGCGGGUCGCGCACUGCGUUUCUUAACGGAGACAAAGGCUGUUCACCGACUUCCGAGGCGCCAGAACGGUCGUUUCCUGCCUCGGCGAACGAAGUGAGUUUCCGGAGAAAUGAAGGCUGGGAGAGGUACUACGACAUGUUGUUGCCUUCGCUGCCACCGUUCCCCUCCGCUCGGCCGCUGUAUGUUAAGCCGCGAAAGAACUCGCAGGCGUUCCAGAACGUCGCGGUUUCUGUGUCGCGAAAUGAGACUGAAAUGACUGCGUCUUCGCCUGCGACUUCUUUCGACGGACCCCGCGCCGUGUCUCUGUCUCCGGAGGGACGAGGAGCGAGAGAGAGCAGCGACGGGGGAGGCGCCACUGCACCUUCCGACCUACACAGCCGUCCUGCCCGAGCCAGGUCGCUGGUGGCUGCCAUGCUCCACACUUACCCCACCUGUCCCCAACCCCCAUCGGAUUUGUCUCUGGUCACGCCUCCGCCUGCUUCGCCUUCUUCUCUCAACGAGGUGCAGGCCUCGCGCUCCUCUCCAGCGAGGAUUACGUCAGUCGAGCUGGGCGCUCUGGGGAAACAGCAGGGCGAAGCCGCGCCUGCAGGCACAGACGCAGUGGAGGAAGACAGAGACGCGACGGAAGACGCUCGAGGGUCUUUGUCGUCUCCAACUGGUGCCUCCAGGCGGGGGGACCGCUGUCGCCGGAGCUGGAGUUCGUGUGAGGCGCGUUCGUCCGUGGAGAUGAAGCCGAAUCUCUCGAUACGAGACACCAGGGCUAGCGAAUCUCCCCUCCAAUCGGCUGCUCCGCUUCUUUCGGAAGAGAAGAAGAGUCGCAAGGCCCAGUCUUGCGCGCAGUGUCGGCGAUGCGGCCGGUCCCGCACCCGCUUGCAGCCUUCUGGGCGUCUUGGCUCUUCCUCGCGAGAAGACCUCGUCGGGGAGGCGGACUCGCAUGUCUCCCCCGAAAAAGAGGUUUUUGUCUCUUCCAGGAGGGAGAAGAGAGAGGAGCAGGUGCCGCGCAGCCGGAGAGAGGAACGGAGGGACAGACGAGGCCGUAGAUGGCGACGAGGUCGACGGAGGAGGAAGGCGCGAGAGUGCAGCGAGACUGAAGAACGCAGGGACUCGUCCUCUGAGUGGAGUGGAACGCAGUACAGCAGCCAGGAGAGAAGAAGUCACGAGGCUGUGGGGGGCGUAGCCCAGCUGACGCCGAUUUGCGUAGACGAUGAAUGUGGUAAGGGCGAUGCUGGUUUGUCUCCGCUUCUUCGGAGUGAGGCGGAGGAGUCUGAGGGUGAGGGAGACAUGCGCGAGAGGCAGAUCUACGAGACGCACUCGGACGGAGACGUCGAGGAAUUGAGCGAGGAAGAGCGAGAAGACCGGGGGCGUUCGUGGCUGCGCUGGCUGUUCCCCUGGGGGGUCGGUGAGGGCCAGGGAGGCGAGAAGAACCGUCGGAAGCGCAGUAGAUCUGAGGGCAGGAGAGAACGCGAAUUCAUCAGUGCAGAACGCCGGUACUUGGAGCACCACAGACGAAGCCGGGUGUCCAGCGUCGCGGACUCGCGGUGGGGAAGCGGCAGCGAAGCAUCUGCGGACGCCUAUCCUGCUUUGAGAAGGAGGAAAGGGAGUCGCGUCUACCCUGUGUCGAAGCCACAGUGGUUCCAGCCUUCCGGUCUCACUGCAUGCAGUUCGAAGAAUUCCUGGCUCGCUGUCCCCCCCGACAUCUCGCUGGUCUCCGCGGCUCCUGCUCUUCCCACUCCUUCGCCUUCGUCUCUCUCCUUUUCUGGACUCGACCAGGAACUGGACUGCGACGCGAAUUCUUCGACCGCAGUUUCUUCUUCACUUCCCGACUCCACUGCCUGGCAGGGAAGUGGAGCGGCCGCUUCUGCUUCGUCUCCGUCUCUCCGCGCGUCUGUGGACGCUCAUUUCGCGGAGGCAGAGCUGCACGCGGCGGAACACAGCGACGGCGUUUCUGUCUCUCCGAGGAACUCGCCUGGGGCCCUGAGCGCGCGUCCGAUGUCUGCCGCUGGGAUGCCGAACCCAGAGUCAGGCAUUGCAACUCAGACGCCGCAAACUCCCCAAACUCCGCAUACGCAGAGGCCACUGCUGUUAGCGCAGAGUCUGGUGGCAGCAAGCGGAAAGCCUCUGCCGCCGACGCGAGCGGACUUUGAAGCUCAGCGAAGCCAGGGCCUGGGCGAUUUGUCUCAGAAAACGCCGCGAGUCUUCAGUCCACAAGGUUUAGGCCGCAGCCAGGGAUAUGGUCCAGGGGGCUCCUCCUACGCGCUGGACUCGUCGCGGGAGGCUGGACCGAGCGGGCGUCUCUCGGCGACGCCGUCGACGCGCCUGCAAGGGAGUGGAGGACCUGCAUUCCCUCACUCUUCGUUUCCACAGGCGAUCGGAGCCGCGGGGACGCCGACGGCUCCCAGCCGCGACAGCAGGACGUUUUUCGGAGACACCGGGGCCGCUCGAGCGAGUCGCGCAGGCCUCAGCGGGCGGCUCGCGAGCCGCGGCACGGCGCUCGCGCCCAAAGGCACCCGGCGUCUGAAGAGUGGCUACUCCGUGGGGGCGGCCGACGCGAAGGACAAACAGAAGGGGAAAGUCCUCAGGUACCAGCUGGUGCAGAAGUUCCACGACCGCCUGCCCUGGUGGGUGGCGCGCAUCAUCGUCUACACGGACGCGGCGCUCGAGAACUGCCGGAGACGCCGGCGCCUCAUGCAGCGGGCGACGUGGAAGACCAAAGUUGCGAUGCCGGUUCGGAACAUGUUGGGGCUCUUCAGCGACGAGAAAAUCGAGACCUGGUACGUCCAGUGGCUCAACGCGUUCAACGCGAAGUACUACCCCCGAGUCGCCUGGCUCCUCUUCCUCAUUUGCUUCUACGCAACCGCGUUCCACGGCCUCCUCCGACUUCGCGGAUUCAUCGAAAACUAUCCUCUGUGCAUCGACGCCGUCAGGGCGUCCCCUCUCGGAGAAGCUGGAUUUCUCAUCCUUGUCGCGGUGCGCUUUGCCUCUCAACCUAUCUUGUCAUUUCUGCUUCUUCUUCCUCUCCUCCGACACUCGGGCUCGAGGCUCAUCGACUUUCUUUCCUGUUCCCGAGCUCCCGCAACGCCUCUGAAGAGCUACAAGCUCUAUCGAUGGAUGCUUGCUCUCUCUUUUCUACAAUUUGUCUAUGCCGUCUUCGACAACACUUGGCACUUGAUUGCGGAGCCUGGUUCGCGACAUGUCAACCCUCUAACGAUCAUUCCAGCGAGCCCAAGCCUGGAAAUUGCAGCUGUUCAAACGGUCUACAUUUUGGCUGUGCGUACGCCGACGAUUAACUUGAUUUUCCUGCUCUACAUCAUCACGUAUAUCAUCAUUUUCUUUGUCGCUCUCCCCCCCGGCGUCCAACAAGUGCAACUGUUCACCAUCAGUAUGGCUGGCUGGCUCUUCACUUGCGUUGGCGGCCAGCUGUUCUACACCAGGGCCUUCGAGGUGAAUAGGCGACGGUUGUUCUGCAAGUACGUCUUGCCGUACAUGCUGUACCUGGAGGAGAUUGCAGCGAUCUUGUAUUCGAAUCCGCAGGGGGAAUAUCCCCUGGACGAAGGAAGCGAGGAUGAGGUGUCUAUGGGCUCUGGCCACCUUGUCGGCGAUCGUAGCGCGUGACAAGGCACGACGCUGCGUGGAAAAAAAGGCGGCAAGAGCGGGCGUCUUGAGGGAUCUGCGAACUCGGACGUACCGAGAGAACUCGACUUUCGUUGAAAAGACGAACUGUCCAACUCUGCAACAAACAGAGAAUCUCCUCUCUCGGGGACAGAGAACUGAUGGAGCGAAAGACCUCGACCGACGAGGUGGCCAGUCACACAAAAGAGCUUGUCAGCAUGGAGUCGGACGGAUAGACAAAAACGGAUUUGUGAAUAUACAGCCAAACAUAUACAUAUAUAUAUAUAUAUAUAUAUAUAUAAACAUAUAUAAAGAUAUGUAAAGAUAUAUAUAUAUAUAUAUAUAUCUAUGGUGAAGUUUGUGUGUGGAUAAACAUCUGCACGUUUGGGUAUGCGUGUGUGUCUGUUGUGGGGGGUUUGGGGGUGCUAGCGGCGUCAACUGUUCAAAGGUAACUUUCGAGAGAAUGGGGAGAGUGGAAAGAGAAACAGGCAGAGGUCGUGUCUGGAGAGUGAUGUUAGAGCCUGCGAAUUGAGAACCUUUGCAGAGAUUCGAGAACGAAAUUUCACGGUAAAGAGUUCCAGAGCUAGCGCGCUGUUUAGAUCUUGUCAAAAAUGUACAGAAGAAGACAAUGACGCGAGAUUCACCCUUCUGAACAGGAACUGGACUUGUGGC